ACCGGCUAUUCAUGAUAUAUGUCGAUCGCGUCAUAGCAGAUAUUCAGAUAUUCUGCCGACACUUAUAACUAUAGUCUUCUUUUCUUCGACGGAGCUCAGUUCAAUCUACUUUGUACGUUGAUCUUACAAUCGCAAUCUAGCCCAUACACAUAAACGAACUAGAAGACCAAGGUAUAAUAUGAAAUUUGGGAGAAGUUUACCUCGUAACCAAGUCCCCGAGUGGGCACCUUCUUACAUUGACUACAAGGGUCUGAAGAAGUUGAUCAAGACAGCUACUAAAGCUGCGUCGGCGGGAGAAUCAGUUGAUUUAGCAGAAUUCUUCUUCGCCCUAGACCGUAAUCUCGAGGACGUCGAUUCGUUUUAUAAUAAGAAGCUUUCCGAGGCCCACCGUCGCAUCAAGCUGCUUGAAGAUAGAUAUGGCCGAAGUCCCGAGGUCGUCGCGGUCCUGGACGAACAGGAGACAGAAGAGUUAAUGGGAGCUCUGCUCGACCUACGAAAUCAGUUGAGGAACUUACAAUGGUUUGGCGAGAUAAAUCGCAGGGGUUUCGUUAAGAUUACAAAGAAAUUGGACAAGAAAGUACCGAAUACAACUACCCAGCAACGAUACAUCACAACGAAAGUUGACCCUAAACCGUUUGCUAAGGACACGACUACGGUGCGACUUAUCAAUGAGAUCAACAAAUGGCUUUCGGCUCUGGGUGAUGCCCAACAUGUUGAUGAUGCCAAAUCGGAAAUCUCUACCCGAUCAGUGCGUUCGCUGGGAAGGGUGACUGCCAAGGCCAUGUUCAAUAUCCCACAACCCACUCUUGACAAGCUAGAUGCUGCUAUUCGCAAGGACGACGUCGCAACACUGCAGAGUAGCUUAACUAGUGAGAAUUUGGUGACACUCGAAUCGGCCUCACAAGAAAUAUUGCUUAAUCUACUUCAACGCGCUAUAUCCGCUCGAUCAAAAGCUUGUAUCGCGUAUCUUCUGCAGCAAAUUAAGACCUUGGAUGAGCCAGGUGAUCUGAACGAGCGCAACUGCAUCCACCGCCUAGUUAUUCAUAUCGGGCGGAGCAAAUCAUCCCUAGCGGGUGAUCUGGAACCAAAUGCCGUCUCACUCCCAAUUAACUCUCAUUACAACAGCCACUACGUCGCACCAACUCAGACUAAUAGUCUACUGCCCGCGCGGUUAGUAAGGGAGGGUAGUUCCGAUUCGAAAUCAUCGAGCAAACAGGACGAAACCGUGCAGAUAUUAAAUUAUGUUCUCGAGUCUCUCCAGGGAGAACAGCGACAGGCUCUAGUCAUCAAGGAUGCUCUUGGUCGCAUCCCUCUGCAUUAUGCAGCACAAUUUGGUUUCGUCGUUCUUUGCCAGAUCCUCAUAGCGAAGAUGCAAGAAUGGGGCAUAUACAACAUUGAAGAUGGAAUUGAUGCUCCUGAGUGGCAGGAUAAUGAAGGAAAUGCGCCACUUCAUUUGGCUGUUAUUGGCGGCCAUCCGUUGACGACGAAAUGCCUCUUGCAGGGAGAUAAGGGGGGCGCUACAAGAAAAUUGGUGUCAAAAUCUGGUGCAGCGUUGGCAUUGGCCACCAGGUCCAAUUUCAAAGACAUCCUACGAAUACUCAUUAACGCUAGUAUCGAUAUUAAUCGGCAAGACGAGACAGGCGAAAGCGCUCUACACAUUGCUGCUAGGUUCGGUCGUGUAGAGUGUACCAAAAUUCUGCUCGCGGGUUCAGGCGACCAGAAGGCAAACUUAGAGUUGACUGAGAAGUCAUUUGCAUGGACUCCUCUGCAUGUAUCGGCUGUAGACGGGCAUCUUGCUGUGGCACAAUUGCUCGUGGAAGCCGGAGCGGAAGUCGGGAAAAUGGAUUCUUUUGGGUGGACGCCGAAGGAACACGCAGCUUUGAGAGGACAUUUGAAGAUUGCAAAACUCCUUGCAGAGCAUAUGGUCGAUGUUCCACAAGCCCAAGGUCUAGAAAAUAGUCAAGCGCCGUCUUCAGCUCCGGAAACGUCAUCGCUAGAAGACCGGAGAUCAGGAGGAAGCACUCAGGUUACGGAGCCGAUUAAGUCAUUUGGUCACCGAUAUCUUAAAGACAGCAGUCUUGUGAUGGUGAGCCUAGGCUCCAUGGAUAUGCGCAAGAACAUCGAACCUGUCAAGCUUGAGCGUGUUUCCUUAACGGAGGCUCAUACGAACCAACUCGACACAGCCCUUUCUAUCGUGGUUUCAGCUCAGGGUGCACAAGGAGAACCCACCAUCAUCGAUCUACCCGUGGAAGAAAAUAUCUCGACUGAACCAAUCGUGUUUACUACUUCGGAUAUUUCAAAGGUCAGACUAUUAUUCGAUAUUGUUCCUACUUACUCUGGGGAUGAGAAGAACAAGAUAGGCCGUGCUGUUGCACUGUUAUCUUCUAUUCGGCCGUCGAUUGGCGCGAAACGAAUGAAUCUUCAGGGCGAUGUAUGUGUGCCGAUUCUAGGCGCGAACCUAGACAUCAUCGGUUCCGUCAAUUUCAAUUUCCUCGUUAUCACACCGUUUUCGCAUCCAAAUAUGGAAGUCAACUCUCAACAGACAUACUGGAAGAAGUUGUCAUCUACCAUGGUGUUCGGUCAUCGUGGUCUUGGAAAGAAUUUCCCUGGGAACAAAUCGCUUCAAUUGGGCGAGAAUACGGUUUCGUCAUUUAUCGCAGCGGCGAAUUUAGGAGCUCACUAUGUCGAAUUUGACGUCCAACUCACCAAGGAUCAUGUUCCUGUUAUUUACCACGAUUUCUUGGUGAGUGAAACUGGUAUAGAUGCACCGGUUCACACCUUGACCUUGGAACAAUUUCUUCAUAUUAAUGAUGGGUCACACCCGACAUCUGGAAAAGAUUCGCCGGAGAAAAAGAGAAAUGGAACCGGUGGAAAUGGCGUAACGGAGUCCGGACCUAGACAGAGAUCACAUUCAGUGGACUUGGCCAAGGGUGUUAAGGACAACCUUGACGAGCGAAUGAAAUACACUCUCGACUACAAAAAGAAAGGUUACAAGGCCAAUACCCGUGGCAAUUUCGUACAAGCGCCAUUCACUACUCUUGAAGAGCUUUUCAAAAAGAUACCCGAGAACGUUGGGUUCAACAUCGAGAUGAAGUAUCCGAUGUUAUUCGAAAGCGAGAAAGAGGACAUGGAUACAUAUGCGAUCGAGCUCAACUCCUUCUGUGACACGGUUCUGAAUAAGGUGUAUGACUUGGGUCGGAAUCGUCACAUCAUUUUCAGCAGCUUUAAUCCGGAUAUUUGCCUCUGCCUCAGCUUCAAGCAGCCCAGUAUUCCGAUUUUGUUCCUAACUGACGCGGGUACUGACGAGGUAAGUGAUAUCCGAGCUAGUAGUCUUCAAGAGGCGGUCCGGUUUGCAAGUCGUUGGAACUUGCUAGGUAUCGUGAGUAAUGCAGAGCCAUUUGUCAACAGUCCUAGACUUGUCAAGGUGGUGAAGCAGACUGGGUUGGUUUGUGUGAGUUAUGGGGUUCAGAAUAAUGAUCCUACUCUAGUACAGGUGAGUCUAUUCCUUAUUAAUAUGCUGAUGAUUGAGUAUUGAACUGAUUCGAUUUUCUAUCUAGCGACAAGUCAAGGAGGGCAUCGAUGCUGUGAUCGUGGAUAAUGUGCUUGCUAUUCGGCAAGGGUUGACAGAUAGCUGAUAGCAUUAU